AUGACAACAUCUAUAGACCCCACAGACUAUGUCGAAGUUGAGAAUGGAAACUUAUCUUUCCCCAUUGAGGCUCAACAGGCCAAAUUUGAACUAGGUGUGUGUAUGGCGGUGUAUAAAUGGGAAGAGUUAGCAACUGCUGUGGAAAACUCGUGGGGUGGACCAAAGUCAGCAGAGAAAAGAGACUGGAUAAGCGGUAUAGUCAUUGACUUGUUUAAGGAAUCAAGUGUGGUGGAUAUCCAGUUGAUUGAGGAGACUUUGUUGUACGCAAUGGUAGAUGAGUUUGACGUGCAAGUUGAUAACGAUUCGGCUUUGGAGAUUGCUGCCCUAGUGAUGAAGUUUUAUAAACAAGUUCAAGAACAUAAAUAUGAUCAAGUUGAUGCUCUAUAUGCAAAGUGGCAGGAAAAGAGGAGUACGCAUGGAGAGAAUAGACACGUGCACAUAGACGAAGAUCCAAAUAAUCCUGACGUUUCAGAUGAUGAUGAUGAUGAAGAGGAGGAUGAGGAUGAUGAUAUGGAGAUAGAUGGUAAUAAUGAUGGCAAACAGGAACAUAAGGAGGAGCCAAUUGUUGAUGACGAUGGGUUUCAGUUGGUACAAAAAAAAGGUAGAAGGAGGUAA